CUUUGAGUGGAGGGAAGUAUCUGGUUUGGCCAACGGCUAUUUCUCUUUCAGCCACCCUUGGAACCCAAGCAAAGCUGGUAGAUUCUUGGUCGCCAUCUGAUGAUCAAACUCCUCCUACCUUCCUUUCCCUUUAAUCCUACCUUAUUUCUUUCAUCCCAAAUCACUCUCUCACAAUUACAUCACAACUUCUUCUUUCCAUCAACUCUGCAGACCAUGAUGAAGCUCUCAAGUUCCAUUCUUCAAUGAACAGAAUUGACGAUUCUGAUAAGUUCAAGACACUGCUGAACUCCAACAGCGCACAAAUGGUGAUAUCGAGCAAUAUUGAUCAUACUGAAGCUCGAAGCCCACCUGUUGGGUCAUUGUUGAGGAUGGUGAUGAGGGUAUCAAGAGCUAGAUGGUUUGGUUUCUUGCGAAGAGUGUUUCAGUAUCAGAAUGGUACAAGAUCUGAUCUCAGAUCCAACCCCUUCAAUUCCAGUCCAUGGCUUCUGCUCGAGGUUAUAGCACUUGUUGGGCAGAUAGUUUCUGUCACAACAGUCUUGGUUGUGUCAAAGAAGGAAAGGCCGGUUUGGCCUGUAAGAUUUUGGAUUGCUAGCUACAACAUUGCCAAUAUCCUUAGCAUACCUAUUCUUUAUUGGCGAUAUCGAUGCUCCAAUUCAAGCCAGAGUCUUGGCUUGAGCUCUGAUUUAGAGCAGCAGAGAAGCCUCGAGGAAUCCAGGAGUUCGUCUCUAAUGAACAAGGCUAGGCCAUACCUUGAGCUUUUCUACGCAUUGUGGUUUGUAAUGGGCAAUGUUUGGAUUUUCGAUUCACGGUUGGGCUCAUUCAAUCAAGCACCAAAGCUUCAUCUGCUCUGCAUCGCUCUUCUUUCUUGGAAUGCAAUCAUCUACUCUUUCCCUUUUCUUUUGUUUUUGUUGCUGUGCUGCAUUGUGCCACUUGUUAGAAAUCUUCUUGGUUACAACAUGAACUUGGCUUCAAGUGGUCGAGGAGCAUCUGAUGAUCAGAUUUCUCAGCUUCCAUUUUGGAGAUUCAAGGAGGUGGAAGCUGUAGAUGAGCUUGCAGUUAAGAAUUCAGAGUGUUGUAUUUGUCUUGCCAAAUAUAUAGACAGAGAUGAGGUUAGGAAGCUGCCAUGCUCACACUUAUUUCACCUAAGAUGUGUUGAUCAAUGGCUAAAGAUAAUAUCUUGCUGUCCUCUGUGCAAGAAAGAGCUUGAGAAGUGAUCAAAAGAGAAUUUGUGGGGACAGAUCACUUUGGAUGCUAACCUUUAUGGAUUUGUAUGAUAAAGUUGUAAGUAAAUCAGAAAUUCUCUAAAAGGUGAGCAGUUAGCUCUUGUUAGGUCUUCAGCUGUUACUUUGGUGUUGAAAAGAGUUUUUCAAGAACAGGGAAAGGCAUCAAACAUCCACCAAUAUCAUGUGAAUUUUCACUAUGCCACACAGCUUAAAUUGUUGUUGUAAUUAAGAGUUUGAGAGGAAUGCAUGAAUAAAUGAACUACUGGAUUCUAUAUCAA